CCUCCUCAACAUCAGCAGGUGGCAGCCGCGCGCUAGCUAAUGCUAAAAUCCCCCUCAGGAAAAUAUAAAGACGAAGAAGAUUUAACAUCAACAACAGUGCAGGACUAGCAGAGAUAUUUUUUUUCUGGCCCAGAUAUUUAGCAGUGCAGCAGUGACAAAACUGUCAAAAUGGACACAAGAGCCUGGAGGAAUCCAUAUCACGACUAUGAUGGGAACCCAGCGUCCACACAGGCGUUGUUUGACUGCCAGGGAAAGCUCACAGCAGAGUUUGCCCAGCGGCUGAGCAGCAAGAUCAGCGAGCUGUUAGCUGUCAUGGAGAAUGGGCUGAAGUCUGCAGACCCAAGAGAUUGCACCAGUUACACCGGCUGGGCAGGCAUCGCUCUGCUUUAUCUGCACCUCCACAACGUGUUCAGGGACACCUCUUUACUUCAGCGGGCUCUAGAAUACGUGAGCCGCAGUCUGAAGUGUUUGACCCGGCGCCAUGACGUCACCUUCCUAUGCGGGGACGCCGGGCCCCUGGCUAUAGCUGCUGUGGUGUACCAUCGCCUGCAGAGGGUGCAAGAGACUGACGAGUGCAUCAACAGACUGCUGCAGUUUCACCAGAACGUGGUGAAAGGAGUCGGCGGCCUGCCUGACGAGCUGCUUUACGGGCGGAUGGGUUACCUCUACUCCCUCGUCUUCAUCAACCAGCAGCUCGGGCAGGACAGGAUCCCACUGCAGUACAUCCAGCAGAUCAGUGAGUCCGUGCUGGUGUCCGGCGAGCACCUCAGCAGGAAAUUCCGCGUCCAGAACCACAGCCCUCUGAUGUACGAGUGGUACCAGGAGCAGUACGUCGGCGCCGCCCACGGCCUGGCGGGCAUCUACUACUACCUCAUGCAGCCAGGCUUCGUCUGCGUGGAGGAGUACGUACAUAGGCUGGUGAAGCCCAGCGUGGACCACGUCUGCCGCCUCAAGUUCCCCACAGGGAACUACCCUCCCUGCAUCGGGGACGACCGGGACCUGCUGGUGCACUGGUGCCACGGAUCCCCAGGGGUGGUGUACAUGCUCCUGCAGGCAUACAGGGCCUUUGGAGUACCCCAGUACCUGGAGGACGCCCUGCAGUGCGGGGAGGUGGUGUGGCAUUGCGGCUUGCUGAAGAAGGGCUACGGGCUGUGUCACGGUGCGGCGGGUAACGCCUACACCUUCCUGGCCCUCUACCGGCUAACGCAGGACCCCAAGCACCUUUACAGAGCCUGCAUGUUUGCUGACUGGUGCAUGAACUACGGCAAACAUGGAUGCCGAACACCCGACACUCCCUUCUCCCUUUUUGAAGGCAUGGCCGGUACCAUCUACUUCUUGGCCGACAUUCUGCAGCCAAUGAAAGCGAGGUUCCCAGCCUUUGAGGUGUAAACGUUUCCCCCACAGGUAGUCCUCCCCACCCACACUGUGGGAAAAUAUAAGAAGGAGAAGACCCACACUUUUUGCUCUCUUUCACACUCAUGCAUGAAAACACUACAUUCACAACAAUUGACAUUGUGCCAUGUUUUUCCUGCUCUUCUCUCCCGGGAACUUUACAUGUUAUUAACAGGAUGAAUCCUAUACUCGCAUCUCAAACUACAUAAUUGUCUCAAAGAUAUGUCAAAGGUGAGAGCUUGCCUCGCUUUUUGUUCCUUUUUUUUGUGUAUAAAUUAAAUUCUUGCUUUAAAAACUGUGGCUGUUGCUCAGAUUGUGACGUAUUUUGAGGGUUUCACAAAAAAAAAAAAAAAGGAAGGAAACGAAUUUUCUGGCUGUCAAAACAUAAAAUAAAAUUGUGGUUUAAAAAAAAAAAAGAAAAAAAAAAACUAAAAUGUGUUUUAACACUUAACAACUGUAUUUCUAUUAUUCUGUAAGCUUGAUAUGUUAAAACAAGGAAAUUGAUGCUUUAGUUUGCUUUUCUGUUUUCUUUUACAGAGUCAACAGCAAAGUUAGUAACAAUGCACUAAAUAUAAUACAGUACAAGCUGUGCCAUGUGUUAAGGGAUCAACCCCGGAGUGUAAACUGUUGCCUGUCCUUUGCACUGUCUGAGCAAUAAACCAUGUGUCUUUUUACAGCUGUCGCUCUGUAGUGAAUUUCAGUACCUCCCUGCUCUUUUUUUGGUGUCCUUAUGCAGCAGCAAGGAAAAGCCACAAGGGGGCGUCAGAGAGUCUGCAGCCUGUGUGAAUUAAUACGAGGCCAUUAACCUCCACCUGGAAAAAUGAAGAACAUUCACCUUGGUCUCUUCAUAGGUUAUAUUCAUAGGUCACAUUUUAUGCUAAUCGGGUUUAAUUGUCUUUAUUUUAACCAGGCAGGCUCAUCCAGAUUUUAAAUAAACAUCCAUAGCAACACACCCAGUGAAACAAACUACUCAACUACACAAUAAAGAAAUAAUUUAAAGCAUCAUUUAAAAAAAAAAAAAAAAAAAAACUUUUUGAUAA